AUGUCUGCCACCGCUUCUGCUGAACACAAGAAACUCUUCACUCCCUUGACUUUGGGUGUUCGGGACUCUCCAAAUUUCAAACUUGCUCGCAUCACUCUCUCUCAUCGAGUCGUCAUGGCUCCACUCACUCGUUGCCGUGCUUUGAAUGGAGAUUGCGAACAUACCGAUUUCGGAGUUGAAUAUUACUCUCAAAGAGCAUCAAAGGGUGGAUUAAUUAUUGCAGAGGCCACUCAAAUUACUCCUCAGGGACAAGGUUAUCCCAAUACUCCAGGAAUUUAUUCACAGCAACAAAUUGAAGCUUGGAAAAAGAUUACGGAAAGUGUUCAUCAGAAGGGAGGUUUCAUCUUUUUGCAAUUGUGGCAUGUCGGAAGACAACGUUAUGCUCAAAGUGUGUCCUCGUCGGAAGUUGGAAUUAAAAAUGCAAAAUCAUUUAAUUGGGAAACCAAUGAAUAUGUAGUGCCAGAAACUCCAAAAAGUUUAACAAUAGAAGAAAUUAAGGAAAUUAUCAAGCAAUACAAGCAAGCAGCAAUGAAUGCAAAAUUGGCUGGAUUUGAUGGUGUCGAAUUGCAUGCAGCUAAUGGUUAUCUCGUCGAUCAAUUCCUCCAAGAUGGUGUCAACAAGCGUAAUGACGAAUAUGGUGGUUCCAUUGAAAAUCGUCUUCGUUUCAUGCGAGAAGCCAUCGAAGCCGUUAUCGAAGGUUUCGAUCAUGAAUCCCAUCGAGUCGGUAUUCGUCUCUCUCCAAGCGGAGUGUUCUUAGAAAUUUCCGAUUCCAAUCCCAAUGCUCUCUUCUCAGCUGCUGUGAAAGCAUUAGAUUCCUACGACCUGGCUUACAUUCAUCUUGUUGAGCCACGUGUCGUUGGAGGAGCUCUCAAUGACAAUGGAGAAGCUGAGGCUCAACCUGUUGUGGCAACUCGAGAUUUGAAACCCUUAACAAAAAUUCCAAUAAUUUCUGCAGGUGGAUUUAAUGCACAAACAGCAUUGCAAGUGGUGGAAGAAGGAGUGACGGAUAUGAUUGCUUUUGGAAGGUAUUUUAUUUCAAAUCCAGAUUUACCAGAGAGAAUUAAGAGAGGAGUGGAAUUUAGCAAGUAUGAUCGAUCGACUUUUUACGGAUCGAAGGAUGUGAAAACUGGAUAUACGGAUUAUCCAUUUUAUCAAUUUUAA